AGUGAUCAGGGAGUCAUAACCGGUAGAGGUAAGACCGACUUUGCUGACACACGCGUCGGUGAUGAAGUUAUCGGUGGCUCCAAUGUCGAGGAGGGCYCGGAACUUAGUUGUAGACGCACCAAGGGUGGCAGCGAUGAAUUUGAGGUGGAAACGAGAUGAGUUGGCGGUGGAGAUGAUGGUGUUGAGGCGGCGUUGUUCGUUGCCUAAGCGGACAAGCCGAUCGUGUCGGGCUUGUUCCUCAACAACAUCAGAGAAGUUGAUAGUGGAUGGAUUUGGAGGAAGUGUAGAGGAGCAUGAGGCAGUGGGAGGCAUUUGCGACGCCUGGGAAUCUUCCGGUGGAGGGGGCGUCGCCGAGAGGGGGAAGGCAAACAAAUUGUCGAUGUCAGAUGGGCCAUCGGUGGGACGAAGGAUGUCACCGAUGGGUAGGCCGACAGAUGCGAUGCUGAUGCCGGGUCAGUGUCCUGGGGACUGUGUUCAUGAUGAGGAGGGGCCCGUGCUUGCCGAGGGCGGUGAUGUGGAGGUUGCGGGUCGCGUGGAGGCGGACUGGCGGGUGAAUCGUGCGGCGUUGGGGCAGUUGGUUUGUUGGUGCCCCAAUUGGCGACAAUGGAAGCACUCCCCUUUUGCUUGGAGGUAGGUCCGCUCCUCGGGGGUGAGUUUCUUGAUGCGGGAGGGUGGGGUAGAUGAGGGUGGUCGGGAGCUGCGAUCUUUGCGCUCCAUUCUCAUGA